AUGAAUAUUAAUAAUCUUCUUGACAAACUAAUAAAGUCUAGGAAUUUUACAGAAUAUGCCUUUGCUUAUAACACACAUCCUACGCCUUCUCCAUAUUAUAAGUCUAUUAUGCUUCUGCAUCUUUUAACUACUAAUAUAAAAGAAUAUUACAAGGCUUUACAGACUAUUUCUGUAGAAGAAGCCAAUUCACAAGAAAUAAAUUUUAUUAUACAACUUGAUCUAUUAAUUAAUACAUGUAACUUGAAGAAGAUUAAAGAAAUUAAAGCUAGUGAUGAUAUUCAAUAUUUUAUAGAUAAGAUUAUUAGUAUUUCUACUGAAAAUCAAAAUAUAAAAGAAAAAAAACUUUCAAGUAAAGAUUAUUAUAAAGAUAUUAUAAAAGAUUGUAUGUUUGUGUCGCGAAAUUAA